AAAUCUCCACAAGUCUACAAUGGCUCGUACUAAGCAGACCGCACGCAAGUCCACCGGUGGCAAGGCCCCCCGCAAGCAGCUCGCCACCAAGGCCGCGCGCAAGACCGCGCCCGCCACUGGCGGUGUCAAGAAGCCCCACCGCUACCGCCCCGGCACCGUCGCCCUCCGCGAGAUCCGUCGCUACCAGAAGUCGACCGAGCUGCUCAUCCGCAAGCUCCCCUUCCAGCGCCUCGUUCGCGAGAUUGCUCAGGACUUCAAGACCGACCUCCGCUUCCAGUCGUCGGCCAUCUCCGCCCUCCAGGAGUCUGCUGAGGCUUACCUCGUCGGCCUGUUCGAGGACACCAACCUCUGCGCCAUCCACGCUCGCCGUGUCACCAUCAUGCCCAAGGACAUCCAGCUUGCCCGCCGCAUCCGUGGCGAGCCAACUACAGUCGACAACCUGUGA